CCACAGCAGGAGGCCAGGACCAAGAGCAAGCAAACAAGAAACCAUAAGCCAGCUCGAGUGGGCCAAUAUGCAGUCUUCGAAGAUCACGCUGGUUCCACGUGGCCUCAAGAUCCUGCUUGAGGGGGUGAGCCAGGCUGUCAUGGAAAACAACCCGAAUGACAUUACUGAGUUUUUUGCUCUCUAUUUCCAAGAGCUCAUCAGCUUUCGAAAAGGGCAUCCAGAUCUGGAUAUAAGAGAACUGGUUCAUAAGUUUGAGUUCGUUAGCGAAAAUGCGAGUGAGGGACUGGAAGAGAAGACAACAGAGCACACAGAUACUUUGUUUUCUGAGGAGCACAAGCGAAAGGACAAGUGUACCGACACAGAGGAAGACCAGCUCCUUAAAGAACCUGAAAUUCAGUAUAGCUCCAAAGUAACUCAACACCCAUCAAACGCCAGUUUCAUUGCAGAAAGCAAUUUCCCCCCUGGAUCUGCUAGAUCUGCAUCCCCUGAGGGACCUGAACUGGUGUACGUCCCCGCUGAGGCUACCCAGCUUGCUGCCCACGUGCUAGGUAACACUGGCUCUUUUUAUUCUGUGAGGGAUGUGGCAACCAGCGUGCAGACUCUUCAAGAAGACUCUCAGACCUCAGAGAAUGAAUUGGCACCAGGAGAAGGUGCUGCCGAAGAUGCUUCUGCUGUCCCAGCAGCUGAGGCUUCUGUAGAGGCUGUUAGGUCACAACCAGGAGCGUGGAGUCAGUCCUCCAUUGCUGGAGAACUAGGGCCCUCAGACAGCCAGGCUGAUGUUUCAACAAAUGACCUAGAUCAAGGUUCCAUGGUCACCUUGUGGAAAGAACCAGCACCAUCAGGACCACCAUCACCUGCUCUUAAAGAUCCACUGCAGGCUGUGCCUUUCUGCAACGAAGCUGAGGCCACCUCAGCCAUUAAGGCUGUAAAACUGCAGUGGGAUGGUGAGCCAAUUAUGAGUGCAGAGUUUCUACCUUACAAGGGUACAGAGGUUGCAUCAUAUGUAGAGCAGUUUCCACAGAAAAUCAUCAUUCCCUUUGUAGGCCAAACAGCUUGUCUGUUAAAGACCAAGCAGCCUUUAGCUGCAGGCCAGGGCUCAAGUGCUACAGCCAUAGGUCUUCACGCAGAUGCCUCAGUGUGCCAUCCUGAGAGAGCAGGAUCUCCAGCACAAGUGGAAUCAACUGAGCAAGUUUAUGUCUGGUCAGCCACGACAUCCGGAGAAGCAGGACAGCCACCACCACUUUCUAAUGUGUGGACCCUCUAUUGCCUAACUGACUUGAGACAAGGUCAAAAAUCACAACCAUCCCUUCCUGCUGGAGCUGGUGUUUCUUAUUGCCAGGGAACCCCCCGUCUGUCCAGGGGGGGAAGUCAACAGUGUGGUCAGCUGUCACAAGUAUCCGCUCCUGUUUAUGUGCUGCAAGAAGACAGCAAGAGGGAAAAUGCUCCACCUUUCAUUUUAGUGGGCUCUAACAUCCUGAACGCGCAGGACUGGGAACCCACUCCUGGCCAGGCUGUCUUUGAACAGCAAGGUGCAGGCGCCAGGAGGAGAUACGUUACGGUGCCAGUCCCAGUCGCCAGGCCAGCUGCUGAGGAGACGGAUAUGGCAGGCCCCAGUCCUAACCCCGCAGAGGAAACCAGGGCUGAGCCCUGCCUACCCGAUGUUUGCUUGGUUGCCAUCCCUCUGGAUGAUGUGAUGUCUGCAAAGACAAGGCUCACCAGCUGCUGAUAACCACACAGGUUGAGAAGAGAUGCUGUAUGGGCUUCAGGAAGAGUUCAGG